UUCCUCCCCAUUAGCGGCGGGAUUAUCCCAGGCAUGAGGACUACUAUUUCCCUCCGGGCUUAAUUCAAUGCCUCCGGCUAAUCCAUUCGCCUACGAGGAGGUUCCAGUCCCUUGGAGGCGUUCCCAUGCAACCUCUACAUGCUUCUCCAUACGAACCUAGUGGAGAACCGAGAUAUCGUUGAGCUCAAGCCAUGAAGCCCCAGGGUGAACAGCAAGCCUUCUUCGACGGAACAUAUAAUCCCAAUUUCAGCCCCUCCAAGCCCAUUCCUGGCGGUUUCCUUUGCCUAUUCCCAAACGCCUCCUCGGCACUUGCAGUUACCUCUUGGAUAUAAUAUAUUCCACUAUUCCAGAAUCUCACUUCAUCUCGUCUGUCAAGAUGGAGGGGAAACGCCAAUUCAACUGGUACAACUUUAUCGUUUGCUUUUUGGUCUCCUUAGGCCAGAUCGCAUUCGGAUACCCAUCAUCCAUCAUAGGAACUACGCUGGGAUUGCCACAGUUUCUUAUCUAUAUGGGGCUUGUUGACCCAGCGACUGGUUUGCCGACGUCAAACAGCGCGAACUUGAUCGGCGCUAUGAGCGGUGUCUUCCAAGCAGGUGCCUUCUUCGGCAUCAUCAUUGGAAGCUGGGUGAUGGACAAAUAUGGACGGAAGAUGGGUAUGGCCUACUGUGCAUUCUUCAGCAUCUUUGGUGGUGCUUUGCUGUGCGGUUCGAGAAACGCUGCGUAAGUGUCCUUCUAUUAACCUCAGUACUCUAUUAAUGGAUAUCUACUAGUAUGUUCAUCGUAGCGAGAUUCUUCGCCGGCAUGGGAUCAUGGGGAUUCCUGGCCGUUAGUAAGUGGUCCAUCCCGUGACUUCGUGUCGUCUGGUUAUUAACAUCAC